ACAGGCUGGGCUGGAUACACAUUGGCAAGACAACUCGACGCAAAGAUCUAUCGCCCAAUCGUGAUAUCCCCUCGAUCGUAUUUCGUCUUCACCCCUCUCCUCGCCUCCACAUCCGUGGGCACUUUGGAAUUCAGAACCGCCUUAGAACCCGUCCGAAGCCGAAGGACGAGUGUCGAGUUCGUUCAAGGCUGGGCCGAUGAUGUCGACUUCACGAACAAGACGAUCAUGGUCGAAGAGGCGGUGGAUGAUCCGAGACAAGGGCUUUCUCUGACUGGUGAUGCUAAGGCCGAGCAGGAGGCAUACCCACAUCGCAUCCCGAACCCGACGUUCAAGGGAAAAACUUUCCAAAUGAAGUGGGACAAGCUCAUCAUCGCCGUGGGUUGUUAUAGCCAGACGUUCGGUACGCCGGGAGUCAGGGAGCACGCCCUGUUCUUGAAGGACGUUGGCGAUGCGAGGAGAAUUCGCAAGAAGUUGUUAACCUGUUUCGAGACGGCAUCCCUACCGACCACUUCGGAGGAAGUCCGCAGGCACCUGCUAAACUUCGCCAUUGUCGGCGGUGGCCCCACUGGCAUUGAGUUUGCCGCCGAAUUGCACGAUGUCGUCAAAGAAGACUUAGCCAAAGUAUAUCCUGAUCUGGUCAAAUACUGCAACAUCACCGUCUACGACGUCGCUCCAAGCGUGCUUCCCAUGUUCGACGAAGAACUAAGCAGCUACGCCAUGAAGACGUUCCGGAGAGAAGGCAUCAAAAUCAAGACCUCCCAUCAUGUCGAAAACCUCCGCCUCGGACCACCAAACCAACCCAAAUCCCUCGACACCGCCGCCCAACGCCAAUGCCUCACCCUCAAGGUAGAGGAAGAAGGAGAACUCGGCGUAGGAAUGGUGGUCUGGAGCACCGGCCUCAUGAUGAAUCCCUUCAUUAGCAAAGCCCUCGACCGCACCUUCGACCUCCCCGAGACUACCCACGGCGAAGCUCGCCCGGGUCCCGACACCGGCCACGAGCGGCUCUGGAAGAUCAAAAAGCAGUCCAAGUCCGGCUCCAUCAUCACCGACGACCGCCUCCGCGUGCUCGUGCAAUCCAAGACCGACGACGCGAAAUCCACCGUCCUCCAGGACGUCUACGCGAUCGGCGACUGCGCCACGACCGAGGGGACGAGCUACCCGGCGACCGCGCAGGUAGCGUCGCAGAAGGCGUAUUGGCUGGCGAAGCGGCUGAAUCGCGGCGGGUUCGAGCGGGGCGGGUUUAAUUGGAAGAAUGCCGGGACGCUGGCGUAUAUUGGGUCGUGGAGGGCGAUUAUGCAGGCGGGGACGGGAGGGCAUGUGUCGGGGCGGGCGGCAUGGAUUGUGUGGAGGGGGGCGUAUUUGACGAAGAGCGUGAGUUGGAGGAAUAAGUUGCUAAUUCCGAUGUAUUGGGUUAUCAAUUGGGCGUUCGGGCGGGAUAUCACUAGAUUUUAG